AUGUCUUCGCGGCCCUCGUCCAGCACAUCCAAGGAUAUGCCGUCGGCCUCGGCUCCAGGCACAGCUCUGCGACGAUCUUUCACACUGCCUUCAAGACUCGCCAAUCCGAACAAAGCCCAGCAACAGGUCGAGAUUGGUUCCGCCGAUGGAAUAGAGACACUGUUCGUCGUCCCUUCCGCCAAGAUCGUAUCCUUCAGCACAGCGUCGUCCCUGAGAUCACGACCUAGCUCAAGAUCGAGCAUUGCCAGCUACGAUGGAGAAGCAGAUACUUCAACUUCCCUGUCAUGGACCUCACCAACUGAAAGGACCAUGGCUGCUGGUCCCCUAGAGAUCUACCGCGUACCCGGAUCCGUCGCCUUUCUACAUUCUGGAAGCUUACUACACGCCAUCCUCCCUCGUUCGCAAUGUUGGUGUGUCGAUGGUGUCUCCAAGUUUGCCAUGCGCGUCUUACCCAAUACCUACUACCGUAUCGAGUUACCCGGAACCACACAAGAAGAUCUGGAAUAUGUCGAGCAGCUCAAAAAGACACUGGCCAAAGUUCUGUACUACGAGAGAACAGCUUGUCCCUUCCAAAGGGGUUUUGGUGAAGACCUUCCAGAGAUGCCCACUAGAAACUCGCGAAGACUGUCAAGAGAAUUCAUUGAACCUGCAAAAAGAUGGAGACUUGACAAAGUGUGGAGGCCAGAGGGUGCUGAGCUCGAAGAACCACAACUCUUGCAUCCCAACAGAAGCCCUUCAAGAUCAGAUACGGAACGAUCAGAUGUAGAGGACAACACGAGACUAGAGGAAGAGAGCGGAACAGAACAGGACACAAGACCGGCCAGCAGAGAAAAGCCACCUCCACUUUCUGGACCAUUUCCCUCCAAGAAGCUGGCAGCCAUGCGCUCUGUCACUGCUCCGCCGCAGUUGAGUCUCGAAUCGUCACCUCCGUCCAGGGUCAACAAGGUUCGCAAGAUGGCUGGAAUCUUCGACCAGUCUGCUCGCGAUACAGUGCCACCUCUGGCACGUCCACUAUCAUCAGCUCUCGUUCCACGGCUUCCACCAACUCCUGAGUCUGCCGAUGAUCACGAUCUACCUCUCAACUCCCCUGACAACCAUAUUCACGAAAACAUCACGAACGACGAACCGUCGAGCUCGACUCCUGUCAAACCUGUCGCGGUCGUCGCAGACGAGAAUGACUACCCCAAUCUUACGGAACCCCUGAUCAUCGUCGAGCAGGCGGACGAUGAAUCUGAGCUCGACAAUUCUCAAAACUCGAACGAGACGCAUACCGAAACCCACUUGGAAAACAACGGCACGAUAGAUAAGACGCUCUUGCCAGAAGAACCCCAAGAACAAGCGAUCGCAGGAGCUGCGAAAUCUUCAGAAGAAGCACAACCCACGACCACUGAAAUCGAGCAACCAGCUCUACAAACUUCAGACGAAGAAAUACCAUCGACACACGGCCCAGCCGCGUCACCAUCCACCUCAACAACCGAGACCACAAGUGCCACCUUCACAGCUUCCUCACCAGCCCUCUCCACAACCUCCAUCUCAACAGCAACCUCCUGGUCCACUCUCCCCGUCCUCACCCCCUCAGAAGCCACAGACCUCCUCCGCCAACGCCGCACACACUCACCUUCCUCCUCUCCCUCUCUCCGCUCAAGCUCACCUCCUUCUUCCACUCAAACACCCACCAAGCAAACUUCCACAGCUCUCACAAAGACCUCUCCAGCCCUUUUGGUUCGCAAGACCUGCGCUUUGUUCUUGGGACCCCCAGCAAACCUCGUAGCUACGAUGCUGAGGAUUGCUGCUAGAUUGGUCGCUAGUGGUGCGUUGAAUCUGGCCGAACCGGCUUUUCACGAUAUGUUUGCUGCUGGUGGUGCUGCGGCUGCUGCGACUGCGGCGGGUAGAUUGAGAGGUCAUAGGAGGGUACCAGGAAGUUGGGAUCUAAGUGAUGAUGACGAGGACUGGGGAUUCUGA